AUGAAAUUAACACCAGAAACCAUCAGCUCAAAAAUUGGUAGAAAGAUUGAUAUUAAUACAAUCGAAGAAAUCGAAUUGGAUAGUUUAGGUUUUACUGAAGUUUCAUCAUUUUCAAGAUUGAAAGCAUUAAAAAAAUUAGAUUUAUCAAGUAAUAGAUUCCAAUUAAUUCGUCACAUUAAAGGUUUAUUCGAUUUACCAGUUAUCGAAGAUUUAAAUUUAACAUCAAAUCCAGUUACAAAACAAAAUAAUUAUAGAAUUACUGUUAUUAAAAAUUUACCAACUUUACUUGUUUUGGAUGGAAAGGAAAUUACAGUUAAUGAAAGAAAUCAAGCUAGAGAUUUUGAUGAAUCAGCCAAAGAUCCAUUAUCAAGAAAAACAAACUCAAUAGAAGAUGAUGAUAGUGACAAUGAGGUUAACACUGCAAAUAGUCAACAAAGUACAGUAAAUAAAACUGAAGCUCAAGUACAACAAAGAGAUGAAGAUAAUGAAGAAGAAAAAGCUCAAUCUAAAAAAUUAGAUGAGGAUUCUCUUUUUGGUUCUAAAGGUCCUAAAAAAUUAGUAUUUGAAGAAGAUGAGGAAAUUUCAUUAGAGUCAAUUAGUUUAUCAUCAUUAGAAAAAAAAAAAGUAGAAAAGAAGCCACAAAAGACAUUGAUAUUUGAUGACGAUAAUGAGGAUGAUAUUUUUGGAAAUAAUAAACCAUCAAAAACUACAGCCACAAAAAAAUCAAAUUUUGACUUGGACGACGAUUUAUUUGGUGACAGUUCAAAAGAUUCAAAAGAUAAUUUAAGUUCAGAUUUCGAUUUAGGCAGUUAUAUUCAAAAAAAUAAAAACCGUGGUAAAAGUAGUUUAUUCGAUUAA